AUGGAAGACCCAACUUCGAUCCCAAAGGCUAAGAGCCAUACCCGUAAUUCGACUCGAUCCGACGACUUUCCACAGCCAUCCGAUGGCGCCCCUGGUAUUUGUCGAAUAUGUCGAGGUGAAGGAACACCAGAGGAACCAUUGUUCUACCCGUGCAAGUGCAGCGGUAGUAUCAAAUAUGUCCAUCAAGAUUGUUUGAUGGAAUGGCUCUCUCAUUCACAAAAAAAGUAUUGUGAGCUUUGCAAGACAUCCUUCCGUUUCACCAAGCUAUACGCACCCGACAUGCCCCAAUCUCUGCCCGUGCACAUCUUUAUUGGACACAUGGCAAGAUAUCUGUUGCAGAAUGUUCUCGUAUGGCUUCGUGGAGCUUUGGCCAUUAGUGUUUGGCUGUGCUGGUUGCCGUAUUUUAUGAGAACCGUAUGGUCCUUCAUGUUCUGGAUCAGCGAUGAAGGGUUCGGCAACUCUGCGGCGUCUCACGCCAAUGCAACCUUAUCAAGCACUGAAGUUCAAAUGGCCUCAGCUCUGGAUGCCGAUACAUGCCCUUCGAGCCCCUUAUUUGCGCCCACGACGACCUCGGCGGCUGCCAAGGCGUUAUUCGAUGGCCUGUCAGAUCAGAAUAUCAGCGAUUUCCUUGUCCGAGUUUUCCUGGGAAGCUGGGGUUUGUCUAGCAAGCCCGACCGACCGGAUGCAUCUCUUGAAUCCGCCAACACGACUACUUCUGGAUCUGCGUCUAUACCGCCAACAUUGCUUGGAGAAGUAUCCUUCUUGAACAAUCUUACUCGCAAUCCCACAAUCAAUCGAGCAGUAAUUUCGAUUCUUGAAGGCCAGAUAAUCACUAUUCUAGUCAUAGUAUGCUUUAUUUUGGUCAUACUGGUACGGGAUUAUGUGGUCCAGCAACAACCGGAGAUGAACAUGCGUGCAGCAUUCGUAGCUCCCGAAAACCCUUUGGCGCAACAAGAACCAAUGCUAGUUCGACCUGAGGAUGUGGAAGAUCUACCUGGCCCGGACGAAUCGGAUGAUGAAACCCUCGAUACUGGAGAACCCAUUGCGACCGCCAACGAUGUCGACUUUGCUGUCGAGGUUCAGGCCGAAACACGACGACGCAGGCGAACAAACUCUGAGCUUGUACCUCCUGAGGGUCUUGCAACCGGAUAUGCCGAAGCAGAUACUGCUGGAGCCCAUCUUCCCACAGAUAUCAGCCCCGCCGAGGAACGUGCUAGUGUCUACGAUUAUCUACGUAUCUAUCGCCAAGCCAACGGUGACCAUGAAAGGAUUCUAGAGAUCAUCCACGAAGAAGGGCUUGAAAGGAAAUUGUCAUACUGGGUUGAUGUCACUCGCCGGGCUCUUCGAGAAGGAGAUGAUACUCCUGGUAUCAAUGUCCAUGGUACAGAAUCCAUUCGAGGGCGUGCAGGGAGCUUUGGUUCAACUGCUGCCAGCUCCUCCCGAAAUGCCUUCACACCUGGCUCCGAUGAAUCUCACACACCAAUGGAUGCACAUGCCGAACAUUCCUCCUCCAAAGGCAAGGAAAGAGAACAGGCGCCAUUUCUUCCUGACUCAGAAUUUGAUUCGGCCCCUAUUGGAUCGUUGACAAGUCUUUCCCGACCUCGAGCUGUCUCGGAUGGCCCUCAACUACAGGAUUCUGUAAACCCAUUAGCCAACAAUAGCUGGUCGUUUGCUGGAUUGCCCCCUAUAGUUCAAGAUGAGCCGCCAUCUGAUGAGCACCGUCAUGCAUCAAUUUUCGCACCUGAACAGAGCGAGAAAUUGAUUCAUGAUGUAGGGGUUGAAGCUGGUCCUUCUAGCUGGCCUGAUGCCUCCCUUGAUGAGAGAGAUGUCCCCGAAACUGAACCGUCAGAACCGCUUCGAUCGGAACUUCAAAGACCUCAACAAGUCAACACUGUCCCAGCAGUCGAAGAUGACCGACCUCCUGGCUUGGUCAACCGAGUGACAGAUUUCAUGUGGGGUGAUCUGGAUGAUGUUCAACAAGAUAUACAACGUGCAACGACAGUUGGGGCUGCGGCUACCGACGUCGCCGCCCAACUUGAUGAUACUGAUGGCUGGGAAACCGAGCUUGAAGAUCUUCAUCCAGAGGUCCCACCUCCUGAGCUUGGUGUAGCCGAGAAUCCCGAAGAGCCUGAGGAUAUGGGUGAUGCCCCCGGUGCGGGAAUUGACCAAGAAGCCAUGGAAGACCUCGAAGAUUUCGAAGGCGUUAUGGAGCUCAUUGGUAUGCGCGGUCCUGUCGCCGGACUCUUCCAGAAUUCCAUCUUCUGUGCGGUUCUCGUCUCUGUGGCAAUCUUUGCUUGCAUUUUUGUCCCCUACAAUUUCGGACGUGUCAGUGUCUGGAUUCUUGCCAACCCCAUGCGCCUCCUCCGCUUGGUAUUCGAGUUCUCAAAGCUCUUGCAAGACGCAGCUGUUAUGGCAGUUGGAUUCGGUCUAUGGGUUGUCAUUAACCUUGUCGACAUGUUUACCGGUAUCAUUGGAGGUUUUAUUGGCGCCAAAGUCCUGUUGGCGAGGAAGGCCUCAUGGGCCCUCUGGACCAGUGCUGGUUCACGAGUUCUGGACUACACUUUUAUGGAAUUUCCCAUGUCUGCUGCAGAGAUGCAAAACUUUUCCGCCAUCAGCCACAGUGCACUCCUUUCGGUCAAAAGCAACAUUGGCACACUCUUUACAAUUGUGAGCAAAGCCUUGGGCUUUAUCCUUGGCGGUCACUUCCUGAACAGCGACUUGUCCAUGGAAACCAUCACCUUGGUAGCCAAUACUGCCUGGGCCCAGAUGGUUGCUCUUUCGUCUGCGCUAUUGAACCCAAACUCAUGGGUUAUCAAUCUUGGCGAGUCUGAAGGACCUCUCAUCGUCAACCCCGAGCUGGCCCACUGGUCCGGACUGGACCGAUUCUGGGCUAUUUCAUCAGGCUACGCAACAAUCUUUUUCUUGGGUGCACUUUAUCUCAGACGUGGAAGCCCAUUCUCUCGAGGACACAUCCUGCAAGCCUGGGAAGCUGGUAUCAUUGAUACUCUGCAUCAAGCAAGCGGCAUUAUGAAAGUCAUCAUGAUUAUUAGUAUUGAGAUGCUUGUGUUUCCCCUUUACUGUGGACUUCUCCUGGACGGCGCUCUGCUUCCCCUGUUUGAGAACACGACCUUUAAGUCUCGACUCCUUUUCACCUACAACUAUCCCCUUACUUCGGUAUUUGUCCACUGGUUCGUUGGUACUGGAUACAUGUUCCAUUUCGCACUCUUUGUAUCGAUGUGUCGUAAGAUAAUGCGUCAGGGUGUUCUCUAUUUCAUUCGCGAUCCAGAUGAUCCCGAGUUCCACCCCGUGCGCGAUGUUCUUGAGAGAAACCUCACCACUCAACUAAGGAAAAUUCUCUUCUCGGCCUUUGUAUACGGUGCACUAGUCAUCGUUUGCCUGGGAGGUGUUGUGUGGGGUCUCUCAUGGGCAGUCCCUGGAGUUCUUCCAGUCCACUACUCGUCUAACGAACCAGUGCUCGAAUUUCCAGUGGACCUCUUGUUCUACAACUUCCUCAUGCCGCUUGCUGUCAACUUCUUCAAACCAGGAGACGGACUCCACGCCAUGUACACAUGGUGGUUCAGAACCUGCGCCAGAGGCUUGCGACUCACUUAUUUCCUCUUUGGUGAGAGGAAGAUUGAUGAAGAAGGAAGCCUGCAGCUUGGAAAUCCCGCCGGACACCAAGAACUCCCCUGGUACCAGACCUUGUUCCUGGAGUUGAAUAACAGAUACAAUGUUGUUCCCAAGACAUGGACCGACUUUUUCGAUGGCGGCGAUGCCAAGCCAAGGACACCUCUCAACAACAGUGAAAUCCGCUCGCUUACUCGCCACAAGAACCACCUGAAAGAGGCGAACCAACUCGUCGAAAGUGGGCAUUUCGUUCGGGCGCCUGCCUCGGAUCGUGUGAAAAUCCCCAAGGGUAGAAAGGUUUUCCUUGAAGUCGACGAAAAUGGCCAAAGGAGUGACGGGCAAGACGAUGCCGAUCUUUACGCCAGCAACCAGUACCAGAUGGUAUAUGUACCACCACACUUCCGGGCGAGAAUAUUCCUUUUCAUCUUUUUUAUUUGGAUCUUUGCGGCAGUUACAGGCGUCGGCUUCACCAUCAUUCCGUUAGUGUUUGGCCGACGAAUGUUCAAGAUGUUGAUCCCGCAGCACAUCCGAACGAACGACAUCUACGCAUUUAGUAUUGGUGUUUAUUUACUGGGCACUGCAGCUUAUCUGGUCUUUCACCUUCGCAGUGUGUGGACAAAGAUCCAAGACGGCUUCUCAGCUGUCCGUGCGUCCCUCACUGCUGGUAGACUUGAGCGCCGGACCGCUGCGGUUUUGUUGCAAGGAGUUAAACUGGUAUACGCCUACUUUUUCCUAUACAUUGUUUUCCCGCUGCUGGUCUCGGGACUUAUGGAGCUAUAUCUUGUACUACCUUUGCACACCUACAUGCACCCCCCUACAGCAGAGUCCGUUCAGGCAUCAAGAGCAGGAGGCCCUGAAGCAAGCCGUCAUACAGUUCGCGUCAUCCAAGCCUGGACACUUGGCUUGCUCUACUUGAAGCUCGCAGCUCGAAUGGUUACAGCCAUGUUCCCGGAUAGCCGCCUUGCUCUAGCUGUUAGGACCAUAACGCGAGGCGGCUGGAUGCGACCCGAUACUGGUGUUUUGACACGAGCUUUCAUCCUCCCUGGCCUGGCGAUUGCUGGUGCAGCCAUCUUUGGACCUCCAGCAAUUGCUGGCACUUUCAUCAAAUAUAAUUUGAUUCAGGGCACUCAGCCUGGAGAGAAUGAACUGGCGGAGGCUGCACGACUUGCAAUUAUAUAUCGACACUCUUACCCAGCCGUGGCGCUAUUUGCGCUACUGAUCAAGAAUACAAUUGGGUUGGUCAAGGUGUUUAACGGUUGGACCGCUCGCAUCCGCGAUGAGGCCUACCUCAUUGGGGAAAGGCUGCAUAAUUUUGGUGCCGCUGCUGCAGGAGCGGGAAGGGUUAGAGGUGCAUGGAGAGCGGGAGGGGCAAGACUAUGA